UUAUUGGCGUGUUUUCCAAGUGAGUCAAGUGGAACUGAGAGUGCUGAAGGCUCAGCUAAUGUUAACCAACUCAGGCUGCGAUCGAUAAAUCUUACACUAUGGCCAUUGGCUUUCACAAAGCGCGUGUUCGUCGAGGCUUUCUUUGAUUCUUGCAUUCUGAAGGAUGAAGACAGAUUCUUGGGCAUAAACAGACGAUGGAGAUGUCUUUACCAUUGAGACUUGUAACGGUAUUUCUUCAAUCCCAAACCACACAUUGUGGUUUUCUCGACGAUGGAUGCCUUUGGAUGUUAUUACCAUCGCUUGCAGUGUUGAACCGGACAAGAUAUUAUUCCCCUCGUUUAUGAUCAAUCUACACAUGAAGGACGAGCACAGUGAUGAACAGGUGCACAGCACACUUGGGGUUGUUCACUUGUUCAUCUUCUCCUGCGCGAGAAGCACCUCCCUUGUAGAAGCAGUUCUUGGAAGACAGGGUUUAUUCUCUUUCAUCCACAUAAACGCCCUUUCUGAAGCUCAUGAAAAGACGUUGUCAGACUUUUGUUGACUGGGACGUAACGACUCGACGAUCAGUGAUUCUGUGGGAUUAAACUGUUGCUUCUUGGUUUCGAUCGUUGAUUAAUUCAUCUGACGCAGUUUGAGUUCAGAUCAAUCUAUUCCGUAAAGAUGCUCCUAAGAUGUUCAACCGUGAGGAGAUCAUUUGUUUUUGUUAGCAGUGUGCUGAGCUGCCUUUCUUUUUUAGCAGGUGUAGACGGUGUACCUGAUGUUCAACACAAAGAUGUUUCCCACAAGUCCUCGACAGAUGAGGAGAUUGUCACCGGAGCGGGCACAUUCGAAGUCCACUUGGUUUCGAUACAAAAUAUUAGAGGUGAGAAAUACGAUGGUAGCUGCUGUGAUGGGAGUCGCACAAUAUAUCGAGGACAACAUCAAUGCCUGGACGAGUGCGACACAUUCUUCAGAGUUUGUCUCAAGCAAUACUCGCAAUCUGUUUCGCCAACGGGUGCUUGUACAUUUGGCGAGCACACAACUGCUGUAUUAGGAGGGAGUUCGAUCACAUUUACGAACACUACAUCGCCGAGUGGUUUUCGCAACCCGAUUUCUUUACGCUUCGAGUUUUCAUGGCUGACCACAUACUACCUAAUUCUGGAAGCAUGGGAUGCAGAUAACUCAAGCAACCGUGAACUCAUAGAUAGAGCAACCCAGCGAGGUACACUACUUCCAAACAAGACAUGGGUAAUUCAUACAUACAAUGGCCCUGCAGCAACAAUUAGUUACAGAUUAAGGGUGGUAUGCGACAAAUAUUACUAUGGGAAGACUUGUACUGAGUUGUGCAAACCACGAAAUGACACAUUUGGACAUUAUUCUUGCAAUGAGAAUGGGAAAAAAGUUUGUUUGCCUGGAUGGAGAGGGCAUUUGUGCGAUACAGCAAUCUGUAAAACAGGCUGUGAUCCAGUGCAUGGUACUUGUAGUGUUCCAGGUGAAUGCAACUGUAACUCAGGCUGGAAAGGGGAACUUUGCGAUGAAUGUCGGCCCUACCCAGGCUGUUCUCAUGGAACUUGCAGUCAGCCAUGGCAGUGCAACUGUCAGCCGCAAUGGGGUGGAAUUCUUUGUGAUGAAGAUCUGAACAAAUGCAGAGAAAAACCUUGCAAGAAUGGAGGAAUAUGUUAUAACACAGAAGCCAAUCAGUACAGAUGUGAAUGUCAAGCUGGAUUUACUGGGGUCAACUGCGAGACAGCAAUUGACUUUUGUGGAUCAUCUCCUUGCAAGAAUAAUGGAACUUGUCAUAAUGAUGCCAGUGAUUUCCGCUGUAACUGUCCGCCAGGUUGGGCUGGGCCCACUUGUGAAAUAAGUAGGGACUGUCAAAGUCGACCUUGUCAGAAUAAUGGAACAUGCAUUAACAAUGGCCAGGGUUACCAGUGUAAAUGUUUACCAGGCUGGACAGGACACAUGUGUGGUCAAGACAUUGAUGAAUGUGCAGCCAAACCAUGCUCCAAUGCUCUGAAGUGCGUUAACUUGGUAAAUGACUAUGCUUGUGAAUGCAAGGAAGGAUGGAAGGGUAGAAACUGCAAUGAGAGUAUCAACGAUUGUGUAGGACAGUGUAGAAAUGGUGGAACAUGCGUGGACUUGUUGAAUGAUUACAGGUGUAACUGUCCCGUUGGAUUUACUGGCAAGGAUUGCGAGACCAAUAUCGAUGACUGCCAGUCUAUCCCAUGUACUAAUAGUGGAGUGUGUAAAGAUGGCAUUCAGAACUACAGUUGCAUUUGCCAAACUGGAUUUUCAGGAAAAAAUUGUCAAGUUGCAGUAAAUGAAUGCCAGCCUUCACCUUGCGUCCAUGGAACAUGCACGGACUUACUUAAUGACUACAAGUGUUCUUGUAGUGCAGGGUAUACUGGCAGAAAUUGUUCAAUGUUGGCAACAACACCUAAUAGUUGCGACCCAUACCCUUGUCAGCAUGGAGCCACAUGCGUUAAAAACGCUGAUGGCUCUGAUAUCUGUCAUUGUCCUCCAGGCUACACUGGCUCAUAUUGUGAAACUGACAUCAAUGAGUGCUUGACAGCGACGUGUCAUAACGGUGGUACAUGUGUGGAUGCAGCCAAUGGAUUUAAAUGUGUCUGCCCAACUGGUUUUUCAGGAUCAACUUGCCAAGUUGACUUAGACUCGUGCAUUAGCUCGCCUUGUCAUGGCUCGGCAACAUGUGUUGAUAAAACAGAUGGCUAUCAAUGUAUAUGUGCUGCGGGAUACACUGGAGUAAACUGUGAUCACAAUGUGAAUGAUUGUGGUACAUUGAGUCCUUGUCGCAAUGGUGGAACUUGUCUGGACAGACUCAACGGAUACCAGUGUCAAUGCAGGCCAGAGUUUACUGGAGCUGAAUGUGAUGUCCCCAUCAACAAAUGCACCAACGAAUCUUGUGUUAACAAUGGCACAUGCAGCCAAGGUGUUGGGAUGAUCACUUGUAGUUGCCCCACUGGCUUUACCGGACAGAGAUGUGAAACUGAGAUUGAUGCCUGUGACUCCAAUCCGUGUCACAAUGGCGCGACAUGUCAAAAGAUUGGUGUUAGUUAUGCCUGUUCAUGUGCAGUUGGUUUCUCUGGGCCUAACUGCGCAACGCGAAUCGAUUACUGUGCUAAUGUCACUUGUACCAAUGGUGGUACAUGCAACAAUAUUGCAGGAAAAGCUUCUUGUAGCUGUUUGCCUGGGUUUGCGGGAUUACGAUGUGAAAUCAAUAUCGACGAGUGUCUUUCUAGUCCAUGUCGCAAUGGAGGUAGCUGCGUAGACAAGGACAACAGUUUUCAUUGUGUAUGUCCAGCAGGAACUCGGGGAGACGUUUGCGAUCAAGUGAUCGAUCCAUGCUUGGAGCCUGUUUUAGUGAAUGGAUCCUCAUUCUUGAGAGAUUCCGGCGUAUGUGGAGCUCAUGGAACCUGUGAAAAUGUCGGUGUGGAAAAAUUUAGAUGCAAAUGUGACAAAGAGCAUACUGGACACCACUGUCACUUAAAAAUUGACCAUUGCAAGAACCACACUUGUAAGAAUGGAGCAAGUUGUCUCGAUGGCGAUGGAAAUUAUACAUGUGUAUGUGGCGAUGGCUGGGAGGGCGUCUACUGUGAAAAAGAUAUUAAUGAGUGUAACUCGAAUCCUUGUCGAAAUGGCGGGAACUGUACUGACCUAGUCAACGGAUAUGUUUGCAAAUGUCCCCACCCGUGGAAAGGACAAAUGUGUCAAUCAACAACAUCGCACUGUGAUGGCAAUCCUUGUCAAAAUGGAGGGUUAUGCACCGAUACAGGAGACGAUUUUCAAUGCGGUUGUCAAAACGGAUUUUCAGGAAGGAUCUGUCAAUUAGCACCCAAGCCCUGCUCGUCCGAACCUUGUCAGAAUGGUGCAACUUGUUUGAAUGCAGGCGAUGGAGAGAGUUUUUCGUGUGUCUGCAAAGAUGCAUGGGAAGGAAACCUGUGUGAGAAGAAUGUCGAUGACUGUGCAUCCAAUCCUUGCCACAAUGGAGGCACGUGCGACGAUGGUGUGGGCUGGGUCCGCUGCGAAUGCGCGCCCGGAUUUACGGGACCAGAUUGUAAAAUCAACAUCAACGAAUGUAACUCGUCUCCGUGCAGCGGUGGUGCAACUUGUAAAGAUAAAAUCAACGGCUUUGAAUGUAUCUGCCCGCCAGGAAAGUUUGGAGAUCGUUGCCAAGAUGACGAACAUGAUAAGAAACACUGUAAGCUGAAAGACGGCGGUAUUCAGCGUCACAACACCACCGUGCCAAAAGACUGUAACUCGUGUGAGUGCCUGGAUGGCGUGCUGCGCUGCACUGGAAUUGACUGUGGUGUUCCAAAUUGCUUGAAUCGUACCCAGGCUGGCAUCUGCCCCACUGGCGCGAAAUGCGUGCCUAAGGCGGCGGCGGAGUGCCUCAGCCCUCCUUGUGGUCGAUGGGGAGAAUGUCAAGGUGGAUCAACUGCCAAGAUUAUUACCGGAAUAAAUGAAGGCGCGUGCCUUCCCAAUAGUACCUAUUUGAAUGGGGACUGUGCCAAGAUUCACAUUGUGUUCCAAGUGGAUAAGCUUCCCAAGGGAACCCUUGUGGAAGAACUUUGCCAUCAGUUGCGUUAUCUACCAAUGUUGAAAAAAUGGGCAGAGAAGGCAAGACUUCGACUGCUCUGUGAAGGCCGAGGGAAAGAUGGAUCAACAUCAACUGUCAUUGUAUCAGUGGCCAGCACUCCGCGAACGGAAGUAGCUGAAAAGGCGGCCAUUGAUAUCGCCCGAUACAUACGGUCCGUGCCAUCUGAAAAAGGCCGUGAAAUAAAUAUCACUCUUUACAACGUGCUCAUAGCUGUGGAUGAAGUCACUGUGGAAAGAUCUGUUUCUCUUUCCUACCACGAAGAGGAAGCCGCACCGGACUACCUCAUUCCUUUGAUUGCAUCACUCGUGGUGUUGGCGGCCAUUCUUUUGCUAAUACUGUGCAUCAGAGGAAAGUGGAGGGAAAGUAGACGAGCGAAAAGAGAAAAUCGUUUAGCUGCAAGGCCUACUUUGAAAAAGAAACGAAAUACAACGCAGGAGAAGCCAUUGACUACUGCUAGAACUUACUAUAAUCAGACUUCCACCGAGUCUACGGCGUCUUCGUCGUCGACAUCCACGUCGACGCGUUCAACGGAGUUAAGAAACUUUGAAUACAAUCGGGCGAGUUUGCUCGACUCCACGCCCUCUGUGUGUUCUACUCCACAAGUUUUGUCCCCGCCCCUCUCCCCCAAGGAGGAAGGCGCAAAAGACGAAUGGAGGAGAUUUCGGGUGCAAAGGAACAGUACACAAAUAGAAAUAAUCGUAUAAGUAAUUAUUAGUGAUUAUUAUAUAUCCUUCCAUGAAUAAUUUAAAGAAAAGAAAGAAACAAUUCACACUGUUAUUAAUUUAUUGUACCCACGAAAAAAAAAAGUGUAGCUUUUGAAAGCAAUUUUAUAACU